GGUUACAAUCAUUCAGUCCAAGAUGGCGGACCUCCUGGGCUCAAUCUUGAGCUCGAUGGAAAAACCUCCGACGGUCGGCGACCAGGAAAGCCGCCGUAAAGCUCGAGAACAAGCUGCUCGCAUGAAGAAGAUGCAGGAGGAUGAGAAGAGGAAGAAAGCAGAGUUUAGGAAGAAGAUGGAGAAGGAAGUGUCUGAUUUCAUCCAGGACAGCAGUCUGCAGAAGAAGAAGUAUGAACCUAUGGGGAAGAUUGAGAGGAGCAUCCUACACGAUGUGGCCGAGGUGGCCGGUCUCACCUCCUUCUCCUUUGGUGAGGAUGAAGAAAGCAGAUACGUGAUGCUCUUUAAAAAGGAGUUUGCGCCAUCAGAUGAUGAGCUGGAGGCGUAUCGUAGAGGAGAGGAGUGGGAUCACACCAAAGCAGAGGAGAGACGUAAGCUGAAGGAGCAGGCAGCGUUGGAGGAGGAAGCAGCCAGUCAGAGCCACAAGAGGCCGUCGUCUCCCAGCUCCAACUACAGAGACAAAUACAGCCAUCUGAUUGGCACGUCUGCUGCUAAAGAUGCUGCACACACGCUGGAGGCUAACCAGGCGUACGGCUGUGUCCCUGUGGCCAAUAAGAGAGACACGCGAUCCAUCGAGGAGGCCAUGAAUGACAUCCGAGCUAAGAAACGCCUCAAGAGAGGAGAAGACGACACGGGUGCUGGCAGCCUAUGAGACGUCUGUCUGUGUGUGUGAGAGAGAGAAUCAGUGUGUUCAUUUACAUGUCCCUGUACAGCAUUGUACUCUAGAGCAAUAUCUCUGUGAGGUAGGUGUGUGUGUGUGUGUGUGUGUGUGUGUGUGUGUUUAGCUAUCACUCUGGCCUUGUCUGCUGCUUCUAGCCUUCUCGUAGUGUGUGUUUGUUUUUUAAAGCUUAUUAGUUUGGUGGAUUUUAUUUCUGUGUGUCUUCCUGAUGCACUAAAAAGAACUUUUUUUAGUUUUUAGUGUGUUAGUUAAUUGAAUUACAUGUAAAACUAAAAUGUGGGUGUGUCUUUCAGCCCGUAAAUCGCAGUAUAAGGAAAUUAAUGGCACUGAUUAAAAAGGGUGUGUGUCUGAGGUCAUAUAUGGACAAAGACAUGGCCACUGGACCGGCGGCUUCUCCUCAGACAGUUCCUUUUCAGUUUAAGGCUCAGCAGGAGAAAGCUUUCUGUCUUUUCCGAGUGUUUGUGACCGUUUAAACCUCAUGUGCUUCUGGAGCUUCUGGCUGCAGCGUGUUCAUAUAAAAGUGUUCAUCUUUCUCCAAAACACUAACAGAUCAAUCAACUUCGUGUAGGAAAUGAAUCAGUGGCGCACGAUCAGACAUGACGCAGACAGUUUGUACAGUAGCAUAAAACUCUUACUUGUCCUUCGCUGAGAAGUUUUCAUUACCGUAUUUUGUUGUGUUCACGUUUAAUCCAACGAUGUAAAAGUCAAAUGUUUGUAACUAAAAACCUUCGAAACUGAACCUCCUUCGUAUUUAAAGCAUUUUAAAGCCUAAAGCUGAGUGUCAGUAAUCAGACCUGUAAUUCUUCACAUUUUACGCACUGUGUCUAAGACGCCUGCUAUUAUAACAGACUUGUCUCACGUUUGAGUUUUAAAUAAAGAUUGAAUGAUGAAA